AUGGUUUUGUUAGCUGCUGGUAUUUGUAAUAAGAAUGGGGAACUUCUGGUUUCUCGACAGUUUGUGGAAAUGUCCCGUUCACGGGUAGAAGGUUUAUUUGUUACCUUUAGCAAACUACCCAAAAAAGAACUUUUAUCCCCGUUACACCUUAUACUAAAUCAACAACUAUCUUAUGAUCUUUGUAACCUUUAUAUACCUAAAAGCUCCUUUAUAACGCACUUAGGGUACCGUGAGAAUGUCGAUCCCGUUCAAAUCAGAACAAUAAUGGCUAAAGAAAGUUUAGAUGAGUAUGUAGCUAACAAAUUAGAGGAGAGCAAAGUCAAGGAGGCCAAAGCUGUAAUGAGGCAGAAAGCGUUAGAGCUUGAGAAAAAAAAGAAACUCGGUUAUGAUAAGUCAGUUACGCCUUUGAGGGUUAUGAGGAGACCAGCGAUGUCGAUUCUGUGGGAAAGACGGAGCCCUCGUUUCGAUCAAGAAGUGAAAAGUCUUGAGCAUUUAUAUGCAAUUGUCCUCUGGCGGGCCUUCAGCUACAGUUUUGCUAGGCCAGUCAGGAAGGGAUGGCGGCUGGACAAGAAGAAAGAGAACGACGAAUUUAUUGGAAGCCUCGUGGCGGAAGGUAGCUCGUCAGUAGGCAAAAAAAAAGAUAAGCAAAUUUUUACUGCUUAUACACAUGCAGGGGAAAGCUUGAUCGCGCCCUUGAAUAAAGUGGCAUCGCCCUCAAAAGAUUAUGAAAUCCACGGCUCCUCACCAACUGACGUGAAUGCAAUUUUGGAGGAGAAACUAAGACUGGAAGUACAUCGCGAAGGGCAACUGCAAAAGCUUGAACUGGAGGGGACGCUCAAGUUGCAGGCUUUGGAGCCUCAACGCGCUUGCCUCCAGGUUCACCUGGACUUGCCAGAGGACAGUGGCCUGGUCUACAAGAUUCAUCCGCAGUUGGACAAGUCGCUCUUUGCGAGGUGCAUUCUGGGUCACAAGCAACGCAACAAACCCUUCCCACCGUCCGAGCUUACGGUUCUGCGGUACCGCUUGCAGCAGCCGACGACCUGGAAAAAUUUAAAGGCCUCCUCCCUAGUAAACUGCUGGCCUUCAUUAGAAGCUGAUAAUACUUGCAGCUUGAGCGUAGAGUACGAGCUGGAAGACCCGCAACUCACGCUAAAGCACGUGGUCAUCUCCAUUCCAUGGUGCUCCCCGCCUUUUGCUGAUAAUGGAAGCCUUUUCUCACUUUUACCCUCGGUCGACAAGCCCGACGCCUCCUGA